AUGUCUCUGGACCGUACCAAACCGGCGGAGACAUUUACCACUCAUUCAUCAACACAGCAACAGCAACAGCAUCAUCAUCAACAACACGCAGACUCACAGACGUCGACUAUACCACAACUUCACCCUGGAGCUCAGCCUCCCCCAAACUCGUCCUUACUCGCACGGUUGCAAGUAUAUUCAACCCGCAUUCCCCAGAGCUAUGUGACGCCAUUUUGUGGAGCUGGAGCGGGCGUCGCUUCUGGAAUAAUAACCUGUCCGCUGGAUGUUAUCAAAACCAAACUACAAGCUCAGGGAGGCUUCUUGCGACGAAAUGGGAAGCUGGUGCAGACAGAGGCCCUGUAUAAAGGCAUGAUAGGGACUGGAAGAACCAUUUGGCGGGAUGAGGGUCUGCGUGGGUUGUACAAGGGCCUAGGACCAAUGCUUCUGGGCUACCUUCCUACAUGGGCCGUCUACUUGACCAUAUACGACAGGGCUAGAGACUACUUCUAUUCCCGCACAGAAAACUGGUGGCUUGCUCGAACAUAUGCAUCAUUGACUGCUGGAGCUUGCUCAACAAUUGCAACCAAUCCUAUAUGGGUCAUAAAAACUCGACUCAUGUCCCAGAGCAUACGGCCGUCCAAUGACGGAUUCCACGCUCCAUGGUACUAUAAGAAUACCCUGGACGCUGCGCGCAAGAUGUAUGCAAGCGAAGGCAUACGGGCGUUUUACUCCGGGCUCACGCCUGCCCUUCUUGGCCUCACCCACGUCGCCAUUCAAUUUCCUCUCUAUGAGUAUUUCAAACUCGCAUUCACAGGAUUCAUGAUGGGCGAGCACCCAGAUGCAGGUAAUCCGCACUGGGUCGGUAUUGGAGCUGCCACUUUCCUUAGCAAAAUCUGCGCGAGCACAGCUACAUACCCGCAUGAAGUACUGCGCACCAGACUACAGACGCAACAGAGAAUUAGUCCCGCCCCGUCACCAGAAGGGAUUUCAUUCCGUGUUUCGGAAGAAACAUACCGUAGCGCCACUGGUGUUGGAGCUGCAUCUUCAGAUGGAAUGCCUAAUCGUCCUCGUUAUCGUGGAGUUAUUCGAACGUUCCAGACAAUACUGAAAGAAGAAGGGUGGAGAGCGUUUUAUGCCGGUAUAGGUACCAACCUUUUCCGAGCUGUCCCUUCUGCCAUGACCACCAUGUUGACGUACGAAUACCUACGCAACAUAAUACACUGGGGCCAGCAUGAGGGAGAAUUAAUACUAGCCUCAUCAGUGGAAAAUCACCAUCUAUGA